GCCACCUCUACCUUGGAAAGAGACCUUUGGAUCGCUGUCAAAGUUACGUCUCCAGCAUUCGCAGCGGCUCCAGGGGGGCAGCGCGGGGCACCGCGUUGGUGUACGGCAGUCUGCAUUUCAUCACCUUCGACGGGGCAGAGUACUCGUUUAAGGCCCUAGGGAAGUUUGUGAUAUUACGUCUCUCAUCCGCAAGAGGCUCCAAUAUCUUCACCCUACAAGGACAGAUUGAAAAGCUGCAGACAGUCGCAGGAGGGAUCAUUGACGUCCCAGUGGUGGUGCGCAUGGCCGCCUUCCACCAAGGCAUCGGCAAGAUUGACUGGAGAUGCUCUGACAAAGCGAGCGGACUGCAGAUUUAUGUGGAUGAUGCUGAAUUUCCAGUCAGAAUCGGUGUUGUGUACGAGAACAAGCAGGGCUUUGCGGUGCGCUGUCUCUCGGUGAAUCGCUGUGCAGCGGUCUAUGCCAGCGGUCUCAGGGUGGUCGUCUGGCGAAGUGAAGGCUACCGUCAGCUGGCGGCCAUGGUGGAAGUCCCGGAGAACUUCUACAGACGCACAGUAGGUCUCAUGGGGCUGUGGAGCGCCAACCGGUCCGAUGACUUCCUCAUGUCCGACGGGAAGGUCGUCCCCUCCCAGGAUCUCAACCCCCCUGAGGAGGAGCGGCUGAAGCAGUUUUGCAUGUCCUGGGCGGUCCCAAACCCUGAGAACCUGCUGGUGUCUUCGUCUCAAAACGUCCCCCUGGCUUUGGACUCCACCGCGCCCCUGCUGCAAAGCCUCAGUCCUGCUGAGCUGGAAGCGCAGAUGAGACUUUGCAAAAACAGCGUUGAGUGCGUUGAGGACAGCGUGGCGUCCGGCAUCCCCGACCUGGGCCAGCAGACUCUGGAGGCCCAGACUCAGUUCAGGAGCCUGGCUCUCCUCUUCGGCAACAUGCCGCCUGUAGUGACAGAGCCCGCUGUGAUACACACAAAGGUCAACUCUCAGGUCAGCGUUCAAAUUGUCGCUCAGGACCCAAACGGUGACCCCAUCACCUACUCAUUGCUAUUCCCCUGGCCUCCAGAGGCUCGUGUUGGCAGUGUGAACGGCUACCUGACAUGGACACCGCGCAGCACUCAGCCUUCCCAGCUGACUGUCCAGGUCAGCGACGGGCAGACAGGCUCCUUGUUCACCCCCGUCCUGCGAGUCUGCAACUGUCUUAACGGAGGAACCUGCCUGUAUGACAGCGUGGCUGAAAAUCACCUGCAGGGAAAGUUUCAGGUAGUCGGGUGCUUGUGCCCAAAGGGAUACAGCGGGGCGUUCUGUGGAAACACAACAAACGCAUGUCGGGGCAAGCCGUGUUUCAGAGGGGUGCAGUGCGACCCAAAGUCCGGCCCUGACCAGUUCAGCUGUGGAGACUGUCCUGACAACACCGUCUCCAACGACAAACAGGGAUACAAAUGCUUUGAGUAUGACAUGUGCAGCCCUCCUUUCCCCUUCCCGUGCCACCAGGAUGCAGAGUGUCUGUCCACCAAGCUCAGCUACUCCUGCACAUGCAAAACUGGCUUCAGUGGAGAUGGACACAACUGCACAGACAUGGAUGAAUGUGCAAAGUUCAUGCCAUGUAAGAAUGCCAAGUAUGAGUGUGUGAACAAGCGCGGAUCUUACGACUGCAAAUGCAGAUAUGAAGAUGGAUGUGGUAACUCCACGAAUCCUCCAGGGUACAACAUGUUCAAUCUGACCAUGAGCUGGACAGACGAGAAAACGGACGGACUCAAGCAGCUGGAUGACAUCCUGGCCAAAGGUUUCACAAACAAGUUCUACAACAUCAGUCAGAAAGCUGCAUCCGUCCUGGGCAUGGAAGAGUACCGGCUGGCCGUGUCCAGCGACACGCCCCACUGGUACAUCCAGGACUACCUGAUCAAAGUCAGCAGAUACUACGGCAUCAACUCGGUGCAAGUUGAUGAUUUAGAUGAGUGCAAGGCCAAGGAGGCGGGGUGUGUCUCAGCUGCUGUGUGCACCAACACCUACGGAGGCUACAUGUGUGUCUGCAAUGGCACUGUUGUGGACGGAGGCCAGUCCUGUAUAACUGCCGAGCGAUCAGUGAAGUCUGAACCGAAUGUGGACCUCAUUCUGGGUUUGGUUCUGGGCAUCGGCAUUCCUCUGCUCCUGCUGCUGCUGCUGGCCGUUCUGCUCUGCCUCUGCUGCUGCAAGAAGACGGUUACUGGAGACCUCCCCCACCUGAUGCCAGACCACAUCCAGCAGCAGUACAACCCCCCACCCUUCAACUACGCCGACCCGGCCCUGCAGUACAUGAGCCACUGCAGCCCUCGGAUCUUAGACAACGUCACGCCCCGGCAGCGGCCAAGAUAGCAACACCCGCGGCUUAAUAACGGCAACACAAGCACUUUCCCUGACAUAGUACCAGAUAAUAACGCUGGGGGUGAAUGUUAUUUAUAUUUACUUGAACACCCAGUUGAAUCUGCAAAGUUUAAUUAUUUUCAUUUUCUGAUCAACGGUUUUCAAUUUGUCUGACCCAGCAGAAGCUGCCGAUGUCUUAGCAGGAAGUGUUGAUUAAAAGUAAAACACUGCAGUGCUCUUUAUCUUCCAGUUAGUGGCUAGCCAGCAGUAGCAUCUGUCAGAGUAUCAGGUGUCAGAUUCACAUAGGAUAUAUGAUUUUAAUCUACGGGGAUCAUUAUUCCAAUACACCAGUCCAUAAAAAGGUGCUACCGUUUUCUGGAAACCAUUCAUACAAAGUUGAGUUUCAAACUCUUGAGUUAUUAUUUGUAGCUAAA